AUGUCUCUGCUCAACCCUGUCCUGUCGCCCCCUGACGUGAAGGCGUAUCUGAGCCAAGGCGAGCGCUUCAUCAAGUGGGACGACGAAACUUCAAUUGCCUCCCCAGUCAUCCUCCGUGUGGACCCCAAGGGCUAUUACUUAUACUGGACAUAUCAGAGUAAGGAGAUGGAGUUUCUGGAUAUCACGAGCAUCCGAGAUACUCGCUUUGGCAAGUUUGCCAAGAUGCCCAAGAGCCAGAAACUCCGGGAAGUCUUCAACAUGGACUUUCCAGAUAACCACUUCCUGAUGAAAGCCCUCACAGUGGUGUCCGGCCCUGACAUGGUGGACCUCACCUUCCACAACUUCGUCUCUUACAAGGAGAAUGUGGGCAAGGAUUGGGCUGAGGAUAUACUGGCUCUCGCCAAACACCCGAUGACAGCCAAUGCUCCCCGAAGCACUUUCCUAGACAAGAUCCUGGUGAAGCUUAAGAUGCAGCUCAACCCUGAAGGGAAGAUUCCCGUGAAAAAUUUUUUCCAGAUGUUUCCUGCUGAUCGCAAACGAGUAGAAGCUGCCCUCAGUGCUUGUCACCUUGCAAAAGGCAAGAAUGAUGCUAUCAAUCCUGAGGAUUUCCCAGAGUCCGUAUACAAGAGCUUCCUCAUGAGUCUCUGUCCUCGGCCAGAAAUCGAUGAGAUCUUCACUUCUUACCAUGCUAAAGCUAAACCCUACAUGACCAAGGAGCAUCUGACCAAAUUCAUCAAUCAGAAGCAGCGAGACUGUCGACUAAACUCCUUGCUGUUCCCACCAGCCCGGCCUGAGCAGGUGCAGGCCCUCAUCGACAAGUACGAGCCCAGCGGCAUCAAUGUGCAGAGGGGCCAGCUGUCACCAGAGGGCAUGGUCUGGUUUCUCUGUGGACCAGAGAACAGUGUGCUGGCCCACAAUGCAUUGCUGCUCCACCACGACAUGACACAGCCACUGAAUCACUACUUCAUCAACUCCUCACACAAUACCUACCUGACAGCUGGCCAGUUUUCAGGCCUUUCCUCGGCUGAGAUGUACCGCCAGGUGCUGCUGUCUGGCUGCCGCUGUGUAGAGCUGGACUGUUGGAAGGGGAAGCCCCCCGAGGAGGAGCCCAUUAUCACCCAUGGCUUCACCAUGACCACAGAUAUCUUGUUCAAGGAAGCAAUCGAAGCCAUUGCAGAAAGUGCCUUUAAGACCUCCCCCUAUCCUGUCAUCUUGUCAUUUGAAAAUCAUGUGGACUCACCCCGCCAACAGGCUAAGAUGGCCGAAUACUGCAGGACCAUGUUUGGAGACACCCUGCUCACAGAUCCCCUGGAAAAAUUUCCCCUGAAACCUGGCAUCCCUCUGCCCAGCCCUGAGGACCUUCGGGGCAAGAUUCUCAUUAAGAAUAAGAAGAACCAGUUUUCUGGGCCAACAUCCCCCACCUGCCCUGGUGGACAGAAGCCUGGUGGGGAGGCUGAGGGCAGCUGCUCAUCUAGUGUCCCUACAGAGGAUGACACAGUGUGGACUGGUGAGGACCGGACUGAGGUGGACCGGACUGAGGUAGAGGAGGUGGUGGACGAAGAGGAAGAGGAGUCAGGAAGCCUGGAUGAAGAAGAGAUAAAGAAGAUGCAGUCGGAUGAGGGCACAGCAGGCUUGGAGGUGACAGCUUAUGAGGAAAUGUCCAGCCUUGUCAAUUAUAUCCAGCCUGCCAAGUUCAUCUCCUUCGAGUUCUCUGCACAGAAGAACAGAAGUUAUGUCAUCUCUUCCUUCACGGAGCUCAAGGCCAAUGAGCUGCUCUCCAAGGCCUCGAUGCAGUUUGUGGACUACAAUAAACGCCAGAUGAGCCGAGUGUACCCCAAGGGCACACGAAUGGACUCUUCUAACUACAUGCCCCAGAUGUUCUGGAAUGCUGGAUGCCAGAUGGUUGCCCUCAAUUUCCAGACAAUGGACCUGCCAAUGCAGCAGAACAUGGCAUUGUUUGAGUUCAACGGGCAGAGUGGAUACCUCCUAAAGCAUGAGUUCAUGCGCAGUCUGGACAAGCAGUUCAACCCCUUCUCCGUGGACCGCAUUGAUGUGGUGGUAGCCACCACCCUUUCUAUUACGGUGAUCUCUGGGCAGUUCCUGUCAGAGCGCAGUGUUCGCACCUAUGUGGAAGUGGAACUAUUUGGCCUCCCGGGGGACCCCAAGAGGCGCUAUCGCACCAAGCUGUCACCUACUACUAACUCCAUCAAUCCUGUCUGGAAAGAGGAGCCCUUUGUCUUUGAGAAGAUCUUGAUACCUGAGCUGGCCUCCCUCAGAAUAGCUGUGAUGGAAGAAGGCAACAAAUUUCUUGGACACCGAAUCAUCCCCAUCAAUGCCUUACAUUCUGGCUACCACCACUUGUGCCUGCGCAGUGAGAGCAACAUGCCUCUUACCAUGCCUGCCCUCUUUGUCUUCCUGGAGAUGAAGGACUAUGUACCUGACACGUGGGCAGAUCUUACCGUGGCUCUCGCCAACCCCAUCAAGUACUUCAAUGCCCAUGAUAAGAAGUCUGUGAAGCUCAAGGAGGUGACAGGAAGUCUGCCUGAGAAGCCCUUCCAGUCCGGGAUUCCUGUUGCCAGCCAGUCCAAUGGGGCCUCAGUCUCUGCAGGCAGUGGAUUAACAGAACCACAGACGGCCAGCUUGGAGGAGCUGAGGGAGCUGAAGGGUGUGGUGAAGUUGCAGCGGAGACAAGAGAAGGAGCUUCGAGAGCUGGAGCGGCGUGGAGCCAAGCGCUGGGAAGAGCUGCUGCAGCAUGGCACCGAACAGCUGGCAGAACUCCGGGCUCAAGCAGCCGGCUGUAAGCUCCGCCCGGGCAAGGGCUCCCGCAAGAAGAGGACCUGUGAGGAGACUGUCGUGGUGGCGCCUAGCGAACUUCCCGAGGGUGCAGACCCGCGCGUUCGGGAGCUGAAGGACUGGCUGGAGCAGGAGCUGCAACAGCAUGGCGAGGAGCAGUACCACUCUGUUCUCAAGCGCAAGGAACAGCAUGUGGCCGAGCAAAUCGCCAAGAUGAUGGAGCUGGCCAGAGAGAGACAGGCUGCUGAACUCAAGACCUUCAAGGAGACCUCAGAAACUGACACCAAAGAGAUGAAGAAAAAACUGGAGGCAAAGAGACUGGAACGAAUCCAGGCCAUGACCAAAAUCACCACAGACAAGGUGGUCCAGGAGAGGCUCAAGAGAGAGAUUAACAACUCCCACAUCCAGGAAGUGGUACAGGCUAUCAAGCAGAUGACAGAGACCCGGGAGCAGCACCAGGAGAGGCUGGAAGGGAAGCAAACAGCCUGCCUGGAGCAGAUCCGGGAGUUGGAAAAGCAGUUCCAGAAGAAGGCGCUGGACGAGUAUGAGGCCAGGAUGAAGGGCUUGGAGACUGAAGUAAAGGAAUCAGUGAGGGCCUGCUUCAAGGCCUGCUUUCCCUCUGAAACAGAGGACAAGCCUCAGAGGGCCUGUGAGGCCUCCAAGGAGUUGUGUCCCCAAGAACCACCCAUGGACAAAGCAGACACCCAGGAGAGCCGCCUCUGA